AUGAGUAUAACCCCUAUUCCAUCUUCAUCACACACCCCGGCUCCGUGCUCCCAUCCUCCAUUACCUCCCACCCCCGACACUUGUCUUCAGACUCUCCUCAGCCAACUCAAGCAGUCAACUCCCAUUAUAAAACGUAUUCCACGCGGUGCCCGGUCGACGGUUUCAGAGGCAUUAGCGGCCGAAAUAAAUAAUUGCGUUAGAAACAACAAUAGUAAUUCUUGGCAUGACCUCCUUACCUUUUCGUUUAAAAUUCUCCAUGUCUCAGAUGAAUCCAACAGUAAUAUUUCCCUAACGCAAAAAAUAAAAAACAACACUUUAAAUCCGUCUAUACCUAUUUGCGAUCCCUCGUCUGGAACCCACAGAAAGAAGUAUGACUUGUUUGGGAAGGUCGAGGAUAAAAUACACGACGGUGAUCUCAAAGGAGCAACACGCCUUUUGUUCUCAAACGACACCUUAGCUCCCGACACGCCGGAGACCAAAGCCGCAUUACAGUCCAAACACCCCCCAGGCCCUUCCACCCCGAUUUUUGUAGACCCUCCAUCUGACCCCCCAGGCUGCCUCCACGCCACGGUUAGAGACGUUCUAACGGCCCUCGCCUCUUUUCCAAAAGGAUCGGCGUCUGGUCUUGACGGCAUAUCCCCACAGCAUCUGAUUGACCUUACCAGCUACGGCUCUGGUGUAGCUGGUGAACAGUUGACCACAAGCCUCACAAAACUGGUCAAUCUCAUGCUUAUGGGAGAUGUUUGCCCGGAUGUGACGCCGCUGAUAUAUGGAGCAAAUCUUAUUGCCUUGACAAAAAAGGAUGGUGGCGUGCGCCCCAUCGCAGUAGGUUCUACAUUCCGACGUUUAGCAGCCAAGAUCUGCGUCCGGCUCACUAGAACAAAAUUACAGGCCCUCUUUGAACCAGUACAAGUCGGAUUUGGAUCGCGUGGAGGUUGCGAGGCAGCAGUCCACGCUGUACGUACCUUCCUUAAAAGUGAUUCAUGCGAGGUUCUUCUAAAAUUAGACUUAAAAAACGCAUUUAAUUCGGUCAAUAGGGACACUCUGCUAAAAGAAAUUAAAAUACAUGUCCCGGAAAUUUAUAACUUCCUUCUCCAGUGCUACCACUGCCCCUCAAAACUAGUUCAUAAAUCCAAUGAGAUUAUUUCGGCCGUAGGCUGUCAGCAGGGUGAUCCCCUCGGUCCAGCAAUAUUUAGUUUGGCAAUAAAUCCGAUAAUCCACUCCCUAAAUUCAAAAUUAAAUAUUUGGUACCUCGACGAUGGGACCUUGGCCGGAGACGCGCAGACAGUCCUAGCUGAUUUGGUGCAUGUUAAACAGCAUUUCAAUCGCAUUGGUUUAGAAUUAAAUUAUGACAAAUCUGAAUUAUAUAUUUCGGACAAAGUAAAUCCACUAACCGCUUCCCAGAUCGCUCAAAAUUUUAACAACAUUGCUCUUAACAUUAAAAUAGUAACGAAGGACAGUCUGCACCUCCUCGGCUCCCCCAUCUUUGAGGAGGCCAUUCCUCUUCUCUUAAAUAAAUCAACAACAAACUUCAGCAACACGCUAGAUCUCGCAGGUAGAAUAUUAAAAGCCCCAGCGGGCAUUAACUGCAAGAUUGCAUGUUUGGACGAGGCCACGAAUGCUUGGCUAGCUGGACCGAGUCCAAAUCUCCCAUCCAAACCACAUAAACAAAGGGCCUGGGAUACAAUAGCGUCCGUCGCCACCUUACAAACUUUAAUAGAGCCUUCAACUGGCAGGGACCGGGCCAGGCUGUUAGCUGUGUCCAAGCCAGAAUCUGGUUACUGGCUCCAGGCAUAUCCCUCGCCCAACACUGGGACUUUUAUCAACCCGGACACUCUACGCAUAGCCGUCGGUCUCCGGCUGGGAGCUGGGAUCUGCACAGGUCACAACUGUGUUUCUUGUGGGGCUCCAGUGGACCGACUCGGCCACCAUGGCCUCUCCUGCACCUCGGGCGCCGGCCGCCUGUCCCGCCACGCUGCUCUCAACGACAUUUUCAGAAGGGCGCUCGUCAGUGCCAACGUUCCCGCCGCUCUGGAGCCCCAGAUUGUGCGGAGCGAUGGCAAGCGCCCUGACGGAAUGUCGCUCAUACCCUGGAAGUCGGGCCGUGCGCUGGUGUGGGACGCCACCUGUACAGACACCCUGGCGGCGUCCUAUCUACCAGCAACUACCAAACGUGCGGGGGCGGCGGCGGACGCCCGGGAACGCCUCAAGGUCUCUAAAUACAGCUGUCUCGGCGCCCAAUAUCAGUUUUUUGCUUUCGGCGUCGAGACACUAGGUCCCUGGGGCAAAGGUGCGCUGGAACUCCACAGGGAGCUCAGCAAAAGGUUGAGGGAGGCAACAGGCGACCCUCGCGCAGGCGGCUUUCUCGCGCAAAGAAUUGCAAUCGCAGUUCAACGCGGGAAUGCUGCCUGCGUGAUGGGCACCCUGCCAAGAGGCCCAGGCCUCUUAUUUAAUUAG